AUGAACCUUAUUGAUGAGGACGAUGAAAAACCGACAAGAUGGGAAAAAUUUGUGGAAUUCAUAAUGUUCCACUUCCGAUGGGUUUUUGUUGUUCCGUUUCUUCUACCACUUUCUUUCCUCUUCAACACGCUCUUCGAAAUUCGCAACAAAAUAAUCCAUGCUGUCAAUUCAGCACCAAAUGCACACGUCAGGAAAGUUGGUUUCAUUCAAGAACAGCUAAAAGAAUGGAACAGCAAUGGACGAAAGACAAAAUUGGUGAACGCUCGUCCAGGAUGGCUUACGAUGAGUUUCAGAUUCCCACUGUACAAGGAGAACGCCACAAAAAUUGCAACUGAUAAGCUUUUUGAUAUUCUCGAGCUCGAUGUAGAGAAAAUGACUGUAAAAGCGGAACCGGGUGUUACAAUGGGACAACUCUCCCGUUACCUCAUUCCACUUGGAUACACGCUCCCAGUCUUACCGGAACUAGAUGAUCUCACUGUUGGAGGACUCAUUAACGGCUGUGGAGUUGAAUCUGGAUCAUUCAAAUAUGGAAUGUUCCAACACAUUUGUACUGGUUAUGAAGUCCUAAUGUCAGACGGAGAACUCAGAAAUAUCUACCCAGAUUCUGCCGCUAAAACGGAGCAGGCAAAACAGGACAAUUCACUCUUUUUUGCAAUUCCCUGGAGUCAAGGAACCAUCUGCUUCUUAACGGCUGCUACCAUGAGAAUCAUUCCAUGCAAGAAAUACGUGAAAUUGACAUACAAGAAAACUGAGACUUUGGAUGAAAUGUGCGAGCAAUUGACAGAAGACAGUGAUAGAUAUUCCGACAAAGUAGAUUUCGUGGAGGCACUUUUGUUCACAAAGGACAAAGGAUGUAUUAUGCUUGGAGAGUUUUCCGAAGGUCCGGAUACUCAGGAUGAAGUUGUCAACCCAAUUGGUCGUUGGUACAAAAAAUGGUUCUACACUCAUGUGGAAGACUUGAUAAACAAAAAACACGAAUCAAUUGAAUACAUACCGCUCCGUGAUUACUACCACCGUCACUCGAAGAGCAUCUUCUGGGAGCUCAGAGAUAUCGUACCAUUUGGAAACAACGUGCUCUUCCGUUACCUUAUGGCUUGGAUGUGUCCACCAAAAAUUGCUUUCUUGAAGGCAACUACACCAAACGUACUCAGAAAACUGUACGACAGAAGCCAUGUCAUCCAAGAUAUGCUUGUUCCAUUGGAUACUCUUGAGAAAUGUAUUGAACUUUUCCAUAAAGAAAUCGAGAUUUACCCACUUUGGCUCUGCCCUUUCUAUCUGAAAUCGCAACCUGGUCUGAUGAAGUUGAGAAAUGCAACCCACAAAAUGUACGUGGAUGUCGGAGCUUAUGGAGUGACUGCUAAGGACGGAUAUCAUCAUGAGCGAACCACGAGAAGAUUGGAAUCUUUCGUAAGAUCUGUUAAUGGAUUCCAAAUGACGUAUGCUGAUAUCUAUAUGACAAGAGCCGAGUACGCUGAAAUGUUUGACAGAACUUUGUACGACUGGAAAAGAUCAACCAGCAAGUGUUUGGAUGCGUUCCCAGAUAUUUAUGACAAAAUCUGUCGUAGUGGAAGACGUUAA